CGCCCGCCCGCCCGCCCCGCCGCCGCCGCGAUGGCGACGCGCUCCUGCCGGGAGAAGGCGCAGAAGCUCAACGAGCAGCACCAGCUCAUCCUGUCCAAGCUGUUGCGGGAGGAGGACAACAAGUACUGCGCCGACUGCGAGGCCAAAGGUCCCCGUUGGGCUUCCUGGAAUAUUGGUGUGUUUAUUUGCAUCAGAUGUGCUGGAAUCCAUAGAAAUCUUGGGGUUCAUAUAUCCAGGGUCAAGUCAGUCAACCUAGACCAAUGGACACCAGAACAGAUUCAGUGCAUGCAAGAUAUGGGAAAUACUAAAGCAAGACUACUCUAUGAAGCCAAUCUUCCAGAGAAUUUUCGAAGACCACAGACAGAUCAAGCAGUGGAAUUUUUCAUCAGAGACAAAUAUGAAAAGAAGAAAUACUACGAUAAAAAUGCAAUAGCUAUUACAAAUAUUUCUUCCUCAGAUGCUCCUCUUCAGCCUUUGGUAUCUUCUCCUUCUCUACAAGCUGCUGUUGAAAAAAACAAAUCAGAGAAAGAAAAGGAAAAGAAAAAGGAGGAGAAAAAGAGAGAAAAGGAACCAGAAAAGUCUACAAAAUCUCUUACAACUGAAAAGAAGAAAGAAGAUCAGCAGUUGGAGCCUAAAAAAAGUACCAGCCCCCAAAAAGCUGCAGAGCCAACUGUUGAUCUUUUAGGACUUGAUGGCCCUGCCGAAGCACCAGUUACCAAUGGGAACACAACCGCCGUGCCCGCCCUGAAUGAUGAUCUGGACAUCUUUGGGCCGAUGAUUUCUAAUCCCUUACCAGCAACUGUCAUGCCCCCAGCUCAGGGGACAUCCUCUGUACCAGCAGCUGCCACUCUGUCUACAGUCACUUCUGGGGAUUUGGAUCUGUUCACUGAACAAAAUACAAAAUCAGAAGAAGUGGCAAAGAAACAACUCUCCAAAGACUCCAUCUUAUCUCUGUAUGGCACAGGAACUAUCCAGCAGCAGAAUACUCCUGGUGUGUUUAUGGGAGCCACAAAUAUGCCGUUUACCUCACAAGCACCCACUGCAUUUCAAGGCUUUCCGUCAAUGGGAGUUCCUGUGGCUGCAGCUCCAGGCCUUAUGGGAAACGUGAUGGGACAGAAUGCAAGCAUGAUGGUGGGCAUGCCCAUGCCCAAUGGGUUGAUGGGAAAUGCACAAACUGGUGUGAUGCCACUUCCUCAGAAUGUUGUUGGCCCCCAAGGAGGAAUGGUGGGACAGAUGGGUGCCCCCCAGAGUCACUUUGGUCUGCCACAAGCUCAGCCGCCCCAGUGGAGCCUGUCACAGAUGAAUCAGCAAAUGGCUGGCAUGAGCCUCAGCAGUACAAACCCUGCGGUGGGGUUUGGCCAGCCCCCCAGCACAACAGCAGGAUGGUCUGGAAGCUCAUCGGGUCAGACUCUCAGCACACAACUGUGGAAAUGAAAGCUGCAACACAAGUUUCAUCCAGAACUACCACCUGACAUUCCUUGCUAAAACGCAUCUAGUUCCCCUGUUUACUCAUGUACAUAUAUAUUUUUUUCUUUUUAUCCAUUUGUUCAUAUAUUAGGGAUUAUCUGAUUGACCGUGUUGGUCUGUCCUGAUUAAAUUUGAUGUGGUGAAAAACCGACGUCAAGGGCAGCUUUGCUCAUGUUUCCCAUGAUUCAUGAACCACAUUUUUUGAGGAGCUGCUCAUUCAACUUGCAUAAUCAGUUUUACUCUCAGUAAAAUUAUAGCUCUAAUGGUUGCAUAUGUAAGGGAAGUAGUUAUCAUGUUAGUAAUACCUCUAACAGUGUAAACCCCGCCCCCAAAUUAGCCAGUAAUCCUGUAGGGAGGUACUGUAUGAUCAGCUGUUUAAUCAUAUAAAUAGAAUGUAAAUGUAUCACUGAGCACUGUUUUCUAGUGUAUCAAGAUUCUUUUAUUUCAUCAUUCACUUCACUGUGCUGUUGUUAUGAUGUGCUUAACAGGGAACGUGGUUAGUGAAAGGAAGAUAAACCUGGAUGUUACUACAAAACUUAGUUUUAAAGAAUGGUCAAAGAAUUCAAAUUUUAUCUGCCACUUGUAAUUUGGAACUCCUAUUAAACUUACAUAGUGCUAACAUAAAGAACUCUGCACUAUACGCAAACAGGGUAACUAAACAAAGCCACUUUGAGUCCUUGAAGGUAUAUCCAGGUUUAUGACAGUAAUUGUGUUUACAUUUUAUGGUGCCUAGUAUUGAUAAAAUGUUAUAUCCCUAUAUUAAACUGAUGAAUCCAUA